AUGGUUUUGACUGAGACAGUAAUAGGGGCGCUUCUGUCAGCUUCCAUUCAAGUGCUGUUUGACAGACUAGCUUCUCGUCAGCUACUUGAUUUCUUCCGGAGCAAGGAAUGCGAUGAAACUCUGUUGCACAGACUGGAGAUAAUACUGCUCUCUGUUCACGCUGUGCUUUGUGAUGCAGAGGAGAAGCAAAUCACAAACUCGAUCGUGAAGAGGUGGGUUAAUGAACUUAAAGAUGCUGUCUACCAUGCUGAGGAUUUUCUUGAUGAGAUUUUUACCAAUAAUUUGCAACGUAAAAUGGAAGACGAAUCUCGAGGAAUCAACAAACGUGUCGAAAUCAGAAAUUCCUGUAACAUUCCCAGGCUUAAAAGCAUAAUUUCGAGGCUGGAACAUAUAGCAAAUACCAAAGAUGAUCUUGGUCUGAAAGAAAGUAGCCCUAGUGCAAAUUCAUUUCCAAGAUGGCCAUCCACAUCUUUGGUAGAUGAAUCUAAAGUGUUCGGUAGAGAUAAUGAUAAACUGAAGAUUAAGAAACUUCUGCUAUUAGAUUGUACUGAUCUGAAAGGACGGGAAAUUCCAGUAAUAACGAUAGUUGGAGUAGGUGGAGUUGGCAAGACAACGUUUGCUCAAAUUCUGUACAACGACCCUGAAGUACAGGAGCAUUUUUCCACAAGAGUAUGGGUUCAUGUUUCUGAGAACUUUGAUGUGUUUAAGAUAACAGAGACAAUCCUGGAGCCAGUAACCUAUAGUUCGCAAUGCAAGAUCACUGAUCUAAAUGUACUACAAGUAAAGUUGAAGGAGAAACUGGCAGGAAAGAGAUUUUUGCUCAUAUUAGACGAUGUGUGGAAUGAAAAUUUCAUGAAUUGGGAUGUCCUGAAGAAACCCUUUGGAGAUGGAGAUGUCAGGAGUCGAAUUAUUGUUACAACUCGAAACAGGAACGUUGCGUCGGUUAUGCACUCAGUUCUUGUUCAUCCUCUUCAGCCAUUAUCUGAUGAAGAUUGCUUGUUGGUGUUUGAAAAUUUUGCAUUUAGAAGAAGUGCAAAUAUCGGCCCACAACAAAACCUAAGGGAGAUCGGUCGACAGAUAGCUAAGAAGUGCAAAGGUCUACCUUUAGCUGCAAAAACAAUGGGGAGUUUAUUGUGCUCUAAAGGAGAUGAAACCAAUGAGUGGAAUAAGAUCUUAAAGAGCAACAUAUGGGAUCUUUCCAUUGAUGAGAGCUAUAUACUUCCUUCUUUGAUGUUGAGCUACUACUAUCUCCCUCCGAAUUUGAAACAAUGCUUUGCAUACUGCUCAAUCUUUCCCAAAGGCUAUGCAUUCGAAAAGGAAAAGCUAGUUCUUUUAUGGAUGGCAGAAGGAUUCUUGCAGCAGCCAACAAGUGAGAAAAAAAUGGAAGAAGUGGGUCGUGAGUACUUCGAUGAACUGCUAUCAAGGUCUUUAUUCCAGCAAUUGGGUGACAAUAAAUCACGCUUCAUGAUGCAUGACCUUAUCAGUGAAUUAGCUCAAUUUGCUUCUGGUGAAUUUUGCUUCAACAAUGAUGGAGGAAGGCCAAUUGUUUCAGAGAGGGUUCGCCAUUUCUCGUAUGUAAUGGACCAGAUAGAUACCAUUCAGAAAUUUGAGACCUUGCAUGAGUUGAAGUUCUUGCGGACCUUCCUGCCGUUGAGUUUUUCAUCAAAUCCUGGAGGAGCCCUUUCCUUAAACAAGGUGGUGAUUGAAGAUUUUCUGCUGACAAUGAAGUGCUUGCGGGUGUUGUCUCUGUGCCAUUAUGAGAUCAGUGAAUUGCCUGAUACUUUUCACAGAUUAAAACAUUUACGUUACUUGGACCUUUCUCGCACAAAAAUAAAAGAAUUGCCUCAGUCAACUUGUUUUCUUUAUAACUUACAGACAUUGUUGUUGUCAAAUUGUUUCAACCUUAUUGAGUUGCCAGAAAACAUCCGGAACCUGAGAAAAUUAGCUCAUUUUGAUGUGAGUGGCACCAGGUUGAAAGAGAUGCCACCUGACUUAGGCGAACUGAAGAAUCUUCAUACACUUCCAACUUUUGUUGUGAGCAAUGGAUCAAGCAUCCAUGAAUUGGGGGUCCUGCAACAUCUUCAGGGUAAAAUUUCCAUUUUGGAGCUGCAGAAUGUGAGCCAAGGUGCUGAGGCUGAGGCUGCCAAAUUGAAGGAUAAGAAGAAUAUUAAAGAGUUGGUUUUCAGCUGGAGCUCCGCGUUGGGACAAGCUGAUAUUUUGGAAAAGCUGCAGCCACAUGAAAACAUAGAGAAACUCACAAUUGAGAAAUAUGGAAGUAUGAAGUUCCCACAUUGGUUGGAAAGUUCAUCAAUAUUAGCCAAUGUGGUGUUUCUACGUCUUACCGGUUGCAAAAAUUGUUCUUCUUUGCCUUCACUAGGACCGCUACCAUCUCUCAAGAAACUUCAAAUUGCUAAAAUGGAGAGUUUAGCAAGAAUUGAUACUGAAUUUUACAGUAAUGGUACCAAUACUUCUGUCAGGCCUUUCAAAUCUCUUGAAGUUUUGCAUUUCCAGGACAUGCCAAAUUGGAAGCAAUGGUCACCUUUUCCUGUUGAAGGUGGAGAAUUUCCUUCCCUCAAAGAACUUCACAUACAGAAUUGUCAAAAUCUUUCCGGGAAUCUUCCUAGUCACCUUCCUUCUUUGACAUUGCUACACAUUGAAGAUUGUAAGAUUUUAGAUUUCAUUGAUGAUUCAAGAGAUUACAGGGAGCUUCAGACACUUCACAUCAUAGGCUGUGAUGCUCUGGAGAGUUUCCCAUUACACUUCUUCAACAAGAUUGCUUAUCUUCAAAUCCACAAAUGUAGCCAACUGAAGUACAUAGAAGUUUCAGAUGACCAACAGGAGCUACAAUUUCUAAGGGACUUGGACGUUAGUGAUUGUUCCAAGCUGAAAUACUUCACAGGAAUUGGGUUGCUUGCUCCUAACCUGAAAUCUUUUUCUGUCUUGAAUUGCCGGAGCCUUGAAUUAUUGCCAGAAAAGAUGAACAUGCUGCUGACUUCUCUUGAAACCCUGACUCUCUCUGGUUGCCCAAACCUGAAAUCUUUUCAAAAUAACAGUUUGCCCCCAAACCUGAAGUCUUUGACAAUUACAGAUGCAUGUGAUGUGAAGUCGUUUCCUGAGGAGGGGCUACUGCCCCCCUCACUUAUGUCUCUUCAAGCGAUCAAGUUUCCGGAGCUCGAAAUCUUGGACCUGAGGGGGCUGCAGCUCCUCACUUCUCUUAGAACCCUGGAGAUCAACAGCUGCUUUAGCCUCCAAGCUAUGUCAGAAGGGACCUUACCCAGUUCUCUUGCUUAUCUGAUCAUCAAUGAAUGUCCAUUGCUGAAACCAAAAUGCGAAAAAGAGACGGGGGAUCAUUGGGAAAAGAUUAAGAAUAUCCCCAAUAUUGAAAUUUAUUAAAUAACGUGAAGUACAUAUGUAUCAGUCUCAA